AUGCGACAGUACAAUGGCUAUGGACAGAGCAACCCUUAUGGCUCCAAUGGCGGCUACGACAACCCUCCUACAUACAGAGCUCAGAACGACGUAGAAAUGCAGCCAUUGGCCGAUCCCUUCGCAGACCCAUACGGCGCCAACCAACAAGCAGACCCCAAUGCCAUCCUCAACGACUGCCGUGAAGUCGGCCGUGCAAUUGACGACGUCGAAAGCCGUCUCCAAGGUCUCCAACGCCUGCACAGACAAUUCGUCUCGGGUACCAAUGCCACAAACAAAGAGAUCGACGCCGUGGGCUCAGAGAUCAUGACCGCCUACCGUGCUCUCGCCGACCGUGUCAAGAGAAUUAAAUCCAGACCCGAGUCCAGAAACCCUCGCAAAGAAGCCCAAGUCAAUGCCCUUGACCGUCGUAUCCGCAAAGCAAUCAACAACUACCAGACCAUCGAGUCACAAUUCCGCAAGGAAGUUCAAGAGCAGCAACGUCGUCAAUACCUGAUCGUGAACCCCGACGCUACCGAGCAAGAAAUCAUCCAAGCAACCGAGUCAGGUGCCGAUACCCAGAUCUUCCAACAGGCUCUCCUUAACUCGGACCGCCGAGGCCAGGCUCAGAGCACAUUGGCAAACGUCCGCCAGCGUCACGAUGCCAUUCAGCAAAUCGAGCGCACCAUGACUGAACUGGCACAGCUGUUCCAAGAUCUCGACAACAUUGUCAUGCAGCAAGAGCCAAUGAUCAUGAACAUCGAGGAGAAGGCCGAAGAAACGCAGACGAAUAUGAUUCAAGCAAACGAGCACCUCGAUGUUGCUACCUCAAAGGCCAGAUCUGCCAGAAGAAAGAAGUGGUACUGCCUGGGUAUCUGCGUUGCCAUUGUCAUUGUCAUUGUUCUCAUUGUCAUCAUCUAUCUUGCAGCAACUGGCAAGCUCGGCAGUCACAAGAGCAACAACUCUAACCAAUAA